AUGGCUCUGUCACUUCAUACAUUACCGGUGGAACUGAUUUAUCGCAUUCUUGAUCAUCUCGAUGAAUUAACGAUUAUUUGUUCAUGUCAUCUAGUGUGCACAAGACUCGAUGCCAUCAUAGACACAUACCACCGAUAUCAAACACUCACUACAUUAGAUCUCACUUCUAAUAAAAUCGGUUUAGAAGGAACAAUCUAUCUAGCGCAUGCAUUGCAACAGAAUAAAACCCUUACUAUACUAAACCUUAAACAUAAUAAAAUAUACGACGAUGCUAUCAAAUAUUUAGCAGAUGCCUUACAAAAAAACAACACGCUAACCAUUCUAAAUCUCGAUUCCAAUGGAAUCGCCAAUCAAGGAGCACAGUACUUAGGCAAUGCAUUACGGAUGAACAAAACACUUACCACGCUUAAUCUUGAUUUCAAUCAAAUUGGGUACGAAGGAAUACAACAUCUAGCGAAUGCUUUACAACAAAAUAAAACUUUAACUACGCUUGGUCUUGAAAACAAUCAAACUGGUGAUCGAGGAGCACAGUAUCUAGCUGAUGCAUUGCAAAUAAACAAAACACUGACCGAAAUAAAUCUUCGACUAAAUCGAAUACGAGCCCAAGGAGCACAAUAUCUGGGUGAUGCUUUGCAACAAAAUGAAACACUCACCGCUCUCAAUCUUGGUUGCAAUGAAAUUUGUGCACAAGGUGCGCAGUAUCUAUCCAAUACACUGCAAAUAAACAAAACACUCACUAAACUAAAUCUUGAAAUAAAUGAAAUCGGUGAUGAAGGCGUACAUUAUUUAACGAAUGCAUUAAAACAAAACGAGACACUUACUACAAUAAAUUUCACACAUAAUAAAAUCACUAGUCAAGGCGCAGAAUAUCUAGCCAAUGCUCUAGAACGAAACAAGACACUGACUACACUAAUCCUUAAACAUAAUGAAAUCGGUGAUCAGGGAGUAGAGCACUUAGCUUGUUCUUUACGGAUAAACAAAACUCUCACCACCCUCAAUCUUGAUUUUAAUCAAAUAGCACAUCAAGGAGUGCAACAUCUAGUAAAUACUUUACAACAAAAUAAAACGCUAACUACGCUCAACCUUGAAAACAAUCAGAUUGGUGAUCAAGGCGUACAGUAUCUGGCUGCUGCUUUGCAAAUAAACAAAACAAUGACCAAACUAAAUUUAGAAAACAAUCGAAUCGGUGCUCAAGGAGCACAAUACCUAGGUGAUGCUUUACGACAAAACGAAACACUCAUCACGCUCGAUCUUAGUUUUAAUCGCGUUAGUUCACAAGGAGCACAAUACCUAGCCAGAAGUUUAGAGCAAAAUAAGGCACUCACCAUGUUAAAUCUAUCUUACAAUCACGUCGAUAGCACUAUUCAACAACUUCUUGUCACAGAAAUACUACAAAACAAUGUUCACUUGAAAGUACUCUUUGAAUCUUAA